CUAAUGAGGUUAGGUUCUGUUAUUAUCUACAAUAACAAAGCCAUAUUUAAGUACAUAACAGUACAUAAUUAAACAGUGUUAACAUAUUAAACAGUGUCAACAAUGGGUAAUCGAUUGAAAAGAUAUCUUUUUUGGUUUGCUCAUGAACAUGUUGACUUUCGAUUUGCUGAAAUGGAGUCUAUAUUCAGUAUGUUCAAUGUUAAUUUAUGUACAAUAAUCAAGCCAAAGGAACAUCCUUAUUGGAUUAUAGACUUACCUGAUGAGAAUAUAAUAUAUAAAAUUGCUAGCAGAGCAGUCUCAUUACGUUUUUGUUUGGAGUUAUGGGCACAAGGGAAACAAACUGAAGAUUUACACAAUUCUUUAAAAGCUUAUACAGCUGAAAAUUCCAAAACUUUUAUUGGAGAUAAGAGAUCAUUCAAAAUUAUAGUAGAAACUUUCUGUAAACAUUUCUCACAAUGUGAGAAAGUAAAUAAAAUUGAAUCUUUCAGUUAUUUACCUCUUGAAGGACCAGUUAAAUUAAAAAACCCAGACUUUACUUUAUAUUAUAUAGAGUAUUAUGGACUUGAUCCUAACAGUAUUCCUGAAAAACCAUAUGAUUAUUUCUUUGGAAGAUGGAUUGCGGAUGGUCAGCGGGAGUUAAUUCAAAAGUUGUCAUUAAAAACUAGGAAAUUUAUAGGAAACACAUCAAUGGAUCCUCAGUUGUCACUAAUAAUGGCAAAUCAGGCACAAGUUAAAAAAGGAGAUUUGGUUUUUGACCCAUUUGUAGGAACAGGUUCCUUAUUAAUUUCUGCAUCUCAAUUUGGAGGAUACACAUUCGGGACAGAUAUUGAUUUCAUGAUGCUUCAUGGCCGUACAAGGCCUACACGAAUAUCGCAAAAGACAAGAGAGAAAGAUGAAAAUAUUGCAGCGAAUAUGUUUCAAUAUGGAACAAGUUCUUGUUACAUCGACGUUGUGGUAGCAGAUUUUUCAUAUCCACUUUGGCGGUCAGGCCUACAAAUAGAUGCGAUUAUAACGGAUCCACCUUACGGUAUAAGAGAAGCCACGGAGCGUAUAGGUACUAUGAAGAUAAAUCCAAUAAUAGAAGAACAUCAAGCAACUUCCCAUAUUCCUUCUAAAAUCGAUUACGGCCUGAAUCAAAUAUACAAAGACUUACUGUGUUUCUCCGCGAAGCACCUUAAAUAUAACGGCAGAUUGGUGUGUUGGUAUCCGUUGUUUAGGGACCAAUAUGUCGAAGAUCAAUUACCAGCGCAUCCAUGCUUAGAGCUCGUAGCUAAUUCCGAGCAAAUACUGAGCAAUUAUACCAGUCGAAGAUUAUUAACUUACAAGAAAUUGAAAGAGCCAGAGGCGACUGAUGAAAGCGUCAAUAUGAAUUUGGUCGAUUUCCGCGAAAAAUAUUUUGCGUUACGUGAGGAAACAAGGAAAAAGAGGCGAAUGAGAAAGGCCGAAGAGAGAGCAAGGAGACGAGAAGACUGGGAACGUAGUAACAAAGAAACUACUGAAAGAUGACUGUAAAAACAAUAUUAUUUAGUAUAGGAAAGGACAUUAAAAGUUUUUUUUCCAUUAUGUAUUAGGUCUGUGCAUAAGUUCCUGAAAUUUUUUUGACGACUUGGUUUAUAUAUAUUAAAGAAACAAUACAUACUUGUUUAGUCAAAA